AUGGUAUUAAGGAGGCACGGGUCUGAAAACCAAUAUGACUUUCGUUGCCGUAAAAACCCAAGCUCCGUUUUGGCCCCAAGCGCCUCACCCCUGCGCCUCGCCAAGCUGCACGUCGCAGACUCCCGCGCCUCCCCGGAAGUUCUCUCCUUCGGCCUCCUCAUCCAACACUUCUCCGACUGCGGCCUCUUCCUUCAUGGGCGGCAGCUCCACGCCCGCCUCGUCCUCCUCUCCGUCAUCCCCGACAACUUUCUCGGCUCCAAACUCAUCUCCCUCUACUCCCGCUCUGGCAACCUUUACGACGCUCGCCUCAUCUUCGAUGCCAUCCCCAUCAAGAACCUCUUCUCCUGGAACGCCAUGCUCCUUGCCUACUCUUUCCAUGGACAAACAGCCUCCUUUUUCCGCCUUUUCUGCUCCAUUCCCACCUCUCUCCGUCCCGAUGCCUUCACCCUCUCCUCCCUCCUCAAAUCAAUCUCCUCCCAAACCAGCGUUACCGCGACAAAAGAAGUCCACUCCUUCUCCCUACGCCUCGGCUACGACUCCGACUUGUUCGUUUCAAAUGGUUUGAUAACUGUCUACUUGCGCUCCGGUGAUAUCUCAUCUGCACGGAAGCUUUUUGAUAAAAUGCCUGAGAGGGAUGUAUGUGCUACUCGCUUGCUCUCAGCUCAAAAAUCUUUUAUUUGGAAUGGAAGUCCACAGGUUUGCCUUGGAGAGUGGGAUGGGAAUGGAUUUCGUGGUCUGCAACUCCAUCAUUGGGCUAUAUGCAAGGCAAUGAAACUCUUCCAUCUGAUGCCCGCUCCAGUUCUCAGUACCUGGAAUGCAGUAAUUGGUGGUUUGGUUCAAAAUAAUUGUUUCUCACACAUUCUCGACUUGUUUCAAGCCAUGCAAACUGCUGGUUUUAGGCCUAAUUCUGUAACAAUUGCAAGUGUUCUUCCUGCCGUUUCCUGUCACUCGAACCUAUUGAGAGUGAAACAGAUACAUUGUUAUGCCAUUAAGAAUGAUUUUGAUCAAAAUCUUUAUGUUUCAACUUCACUUAUUGACGCAUAUGGCAAAGCUGGAUUUCUCGAAGGUGCAAAUUGGGUUUUUGAGCGAACCGCGUCUAGGAGUGUCAUUGUUUGGACCGCCAUUAUAUCAGCAUGUGCGAUCCGAGGCGAUGCUGAUGCCGCACUUGCCUUUUUUGGUAGGAUGCUUCAGGUAAGGAUGCAGCCAGAUUCUGUAACUUUCACUGCAGUUUUGUCUGCUUGUGCUCAUGGUGGGGAAGUUAAGGAAGCUCACAGUAUUUUACAUGUUUUGAUGCCUGAAUGUGGGAUUUCUCCAGCAGUAGAGCAUUAUGCUUGCAUGGUUGGUGCACUCAGCCGCAAAGGGAUGCUUACAGAAGCUGUUGAGCUCAUUGAUAGGAUGCCAGUAAAGCCAAAUGGUAAGGUGUGGGGAGCUUUGUUAAAUGGAGCCUCAGUUUAUCGUGAUGUGGAGCUAGGAGAAUAUGCUUUUGGACGGUUGUUUGAGAUUGAACCUGGUAACACAGGGAACUUUAUUUUAAUGGCUAAUUUAUAUUCGCAAGCUGGGAAAUGGAAGGAAGCGGAGAAGGUGAGGGAGAGGAUGAAGGGAGUGGGAUUGGCUAAGAUUCCUGGUUGUAGCUGGAUAGAAGGAAGCGGCGGAAUGCAGGUGUUCAUCACUCGUGAUGUAAAUAAUGAGCAUUCUGAAGAAAUAUUUUUUCUUCUUGACGCUUUAGUUGGAAUGAUGAGAGAAGAAGGUUAUCUUACCAAGGAGGAACUGGAUGAAGAGAGCUGCUGCCAAUAAAUUCUUCAGGGAACUGUAAGCAAACGAAAGAAGGCUUGAAAUUUACCAUAAAAUUAGAGGAAAUCAUGAAAUGAACGAAGAUCUCCAGCUCGAUCAUGUAAGUAAAUUUUUUAUAUUUUUUCUUUCUUCAUGCUUGCCACUUUCUAUGCAUAUGGCUGAUGCAUUUAUCGUUAUUCCUGGAGCCUUGUUUUUUUAAACUAUUUUUAUUCCUUG